AUGGAUUUUAUUCAGGGUGUUCCAUCUCCCAUGGUUGACUCCCACAACUAUUUUUCCUCAUGGAGAGUAUCUUUUAAGAAAGCAAGCGAGGUGAAUUCCGUGGUGAACUUUAAUCAUGAGCUGGUCAAAGUUUUUAACUUCCAGACCCGUGACCCCGAAUUUGGCUUCACCGAAUCAUUCAAGGCUUGGUGGGGGAAAAUAUCAGCCACUUGGUUUUCCCAACCUUCUGAGGUCCAUAUGGAGAGGAUCUUCUGGGGUUGUGCUUGCUCUUCCACUUAUUACAGUUUUAAGCAAGAGGCAAGUGUUGACUCUAGUCAUAGUCAGGGUGAGAAGAGGCCACUUCCCUCCACCCAAGAUGUUGGGGAGGAUUGUAACUCCCCCGACUACGAUGUUGAGAUUCCACCAGCCAAUGACAUCAUCCUUGCUCGACCGAGAAAGAUCCCAAGGAACCCAUUGCCCCCAGGCUCGAGCAGGAUAGUAGAGCAACCCAAUCCCACUCACUUGACCAUGGCCACUCACUCAACCGUUUCUUCUUCGGCCAUUUCGACUGAAGUUGGUGGACAGACCGCUACUUCUGAGGCUGAAACGGAGGUUAUCGGUGUCAACCCUUCCACCAAUCCAGAUGUCGUCAUGGCCGAGCCUCAACAAGUCACCCAGCCAUCAGGAAAUUGCGAGAUCCCUCAAUCGUCACCAGAUGUGUCCAUACCUAUUCUGACAGAUCAGCAACCUGAGGUUGGAGAACCUAUUAUGCCUGAUCUCUCUUCCGUUCAGGCAUGUAUAGCUGGAGCUUUAGUUGAGAGUGGCAGUGAGCAACCAUUAUCGACAGACCAAGAUGACCUUAUUCAGUCACUUCUGGACCAUAGGGAUGCUUCUGCCACUACUGCGGAGGCUUCCACUCGUCAUGCCACUUCUUCCACUGUGGUCGAAGUGCUUCCAGAUCCUGCAGUUGAGGUCCUACUUCGGUCCUACAAAGAUCGAGAUUGCAUAUCCUUGGCCGACCAGGAUGAGAGAGACAAGGUCAAAGCCGUUAUUGAGGCAUUGGUGAACUUCGGCUAUUUUCCUGAUCAGACUACAAUACGUACGAUCAUGCAUCUCUUCAAAGAGGUGGCAAGAUUGAUUCCCUAG